GGCCAAGGAGCACGUCGCGCUGCGCCUGCGCGCUGAGGUCUUCGCGUAAAGAACCAAUUGGACGAAGGAGUGGGCGGGACUAUUGCCAGAGCCCCGUUUUCCGGUUCCGGUGGGCCUCUGCCUGUCCGUUCCUGUGCUACGUGUCCCUGGCAUCACAGGUGGCAGCUGGACAGGCCAUCAUGGAUCAGGUAAUGCAGUUUGUUGAGCCAAGUCGGCAGUUUGUAAAGGACUCGAUUCGGCUGGUUAAAAGAUGCACGAAACCUGAUAGAAAAGAAUUCCAGAAGAUUGCCAUGGCAACAGCAAUAGGAUUUGCCAUAAUGGGAUUCAUUGGCUUCUUUGUGAAAUUGAUCCACAUCCCUAUUAAUAACAUCAUUGUUGGUGGCUGAAUACAUUUUGGAAGAGUGUUUUUCAUCUUAGGGAUUGGUGAACAAGUGAGGGUUUGAGAAGCUCAUGAAGUAAAAAUUUGCCUAUAUAUUUUGUGUUUUUUUCUUCCAAGGUGUUUUUCUACAUUAAAAUAAUUUUGAAGUAAA